AUGAUUGCUCGCUAUUCCAUUCUUCUUGUAUCUGCGCUCGCACUUUGCUUAUCAGAUGCAUUUUCCCCCGUGACCACCUCGCCCAGGCACAGAACAAAUGUCAUGGCUGUUGUGGACAUCGACGGAGAGACAGCUUUUGACAACACCAUCAGUAGUGCUGGAUCUUCCCUCGUUGUAGUUGAUUAUUCCACAACCUGGUGUGGCCCUUGUAAAGUUAUCGCUCCCAAGUUCGAUGAAUUGAGCGAAAAGUACGCGGAUGCUGUCUUUCUCAAGGUCAUCGGCGACGCUUCUCCUGACGCCUCAAAGCUAAUGAAACGCGAGGGAGUACGCUCUGUACCUUCAUUCCAUUAUUUCAAGAACGGUGAAAAGGUUGAUGUUGUCAAUGGUGCUAAUGCCGAAGCGAUUGAAGCUGCUAUCACAAAACAUGCCUAA